UGUGCAAGAAAAAAACAUUCCCUUAGAAUUUCAUUGGCUAGCAUAUAUAUAUAUAAAACUCUUAGUUGACCAAACUAUACACACACAAAAAAACCCUCACAUGGCCUAGAACUUGUGUUCUAUAUACCAUUCAUACUAGAAGAUCAAGCUAGCUAGCUAGGUUACAAGAAGAAAAAAACCAAAAUCUAACGAAAGAUAUUAUUCCAAAUCCAAUUUGUGAUUUAUUUCAUAAAAAAAAAAAAAUAGGGUAUGGAAGGAGAGAGAGAUGUUCCCAAUUAUGAGCUUCAAGUUUCAUUCACAAACACUCCACAAGCCAUCCAUGAAAUGGGUUUUGUUCAAUUUGAAGAAAAUCAAGUUCUUAGCUUCUUGUCACCCUCUACACAAUCUCAUCAACUUUCUCAAUCUCUAAAUUCCGGCGGCAGCGGUAGCACUACCACUGCUAUCGCUGCAGCCGUCGCAACAACCACGACGGCCGCCGGAUUCAACCAUAACGAUCUUGUCACUAGAACUCCUUGGAAUAAUGAACAGGUAAGAACUCUAGAUCCGAAAGCUGUGAGUGAUGAGAAUUGCACUGGAAACACUAGUGAUGGCAACAACACAUGGUGGAGGAGUGGAGGCACAGAGAAGAACAAGGUGAAAGUGAGGAGGAAACUAAGAGAGCCAAGGUUUUGUUUUCAGACAAGAAGUGAGGUGGAUGUGCUUGAUGAUGGUUACAAAUGGAGGAAGUAUGGUCAGAAAGUUGUCAAGAAUAGCCUUCAUCCAAGAAGUUAUUAUCGGUGCACACACAACAAUUGUAGGGUGAAAAAAAGAGUUGAACGACUCUCAGAAGAUUGUCGUAUGGUGAUAACCACUUAUGAAGGAAGACACAAUCACUCUCCUUGUGACGACUCUAAUUCUUCGGAACAUGAAUGUUUUACAUCUUUCUGAUCCAACAAUGUUGUUUCAAUAAAACAAUUGUGUUUUAAUUAAUAAUUAGUUGUUUGACAAUUUUUCAUAUAAUAUAUGAGGAAUAUUGUCAUGUACUUAUAGUAUGGUGUUACUCAAGUUCAGUAUUUUCACAAGAAUUGUCAAUUUGUUGUUCAUAGAAAAAUCAUUUGUGUAUAUACACACACAUUUAUUUAUCUAUUAAUAUAGGACAUUCCACUCUGCCUCUAGCUAA